AUGGCGGCUCUCACGGAUCUCUCCUUUAUGUACCGCUGGUUUAAGAACUGCAAUCUGGUGCGCAACCUUCCAGACAAGUACGUCUUCAUCACGGGCUGUGACUCGGGCUUCGGGAACCUGCUGGCCCGGCAGCUGGUUGAUCGGGGCAUGCGGGUGCUGGCUGCUUGCUUCACGGAGGAGGGAGCCCAGAAGCUUCGGCAGGAUACCUCUUACCGGCUGCAGACCAUCCUCUUGGAUGUCACCAAGACGGAGAGCAUACAGGCAGCGACCCAGUGGGUGAGAGACCAAGUGGGCGAGCAAGGCCUCUGGGCCCUGGUGAACAAUGCUGGUGUAGGCCUGCCCAGUGGACCCAAUGAAUGGCUGAUGAAGGAGGACUUCGUGAAGGUGAUCAACGUGAACCUGGUAGGACUGAUCGAAGUGACCCUCCAUAUGCUACCCCUGGUCAAAAAAGCUCGGGGCAGGAUCGUCAACAUGUCCAGCUCUGGAGGUCGUGUGGCUGUCAUUGGUGGUGGCUACUGUGUCUCCAAGUUUGGUGUCGAGGCCUUCUCUGACAGCAUCAGGCGUGAGCUCCACUACUUUGGGGUGAAAGUCAGCAUCAUUGAGCCUGGGAACUAUCGAACAUCCAUCCUGGGCAAGGAGGGCCUGGUGUCCCGCAUGCAAAGGCUGUGGGAGCGGCUGCCUCAGGAGACCCGGGAUAGCUAUGGGGAGGAGUACUUCCGCAACUAUACUGACAAGUUAAAAAACAUGAUGCAGCUGGCAGAGCCAAGGAUCAGCGAGGUCACCAACAGCAUGGAGCACGCCAUCAUUUCCCGGAGCCCCCGCAUCCGCUAUAACCCGGGCCUGGAUGCCAAACUCCUCUACAUCCCAUUAGCUAAGUUGCCCACCCCUGUGACAGAUUUCAUCUUGAGCCGGUACCUUCCAAAGCCAGCAGACAGUGUCUGAGCUGGGGAAGUCCAGGGGUGGUCAGUAGAGUGUGGAGGAGGGAGGAGGGUGGGAGAAGAGACUGUAGGGUCCAAAGAGGUGGUAUCAGACAUUCUGAGGGACGCUUUGCUUGGCUGACACCCACUGUCGGAGAAUUUAUGGAUAACUUCUAGCAGAAGACAAGUGCCUCUUCCCACUUACUGGGACUCUACAGAAACCCCAGGUGGCCUUUGCAGAUGCAAAGACCUAUAGCAUGGCCCCAAGAACAUCUGUGACUCAUUAGGGAUUUGGGUUUUUCUGGAUGUGAAAAUGUCAAGGGGAGGAAACUGAGCUCCUGCUGAAUCAUGAGCCUCUGUCAGUUAUCACCACCACUGGGAAAUACUGCCGGAUAAUCGAGCCCACAGAAGCAUCUCAACGACUUUCCUACUGAGUCUCUAAAUAUGCAUUAACCUCAUUCCCACAACCCAUUAUUUAAAAUAUGUAGUAGAGCAGACAGGGAGUGCAAGAUUAUAUCAAGUAAAAGUUUAUGAUGUUUUCUUUCUAUAUAGAUCUCUCUGUUCAUAGGUGAUUGGGAUCCACAUAAAAUAACAUUCAUUUAUUUAAUCACCAUUGAUUAAUUUUUCAAGUAUUUAUUGAGUGCCUACAACAUACCAGGCACUAUGUAAGUGCUGGAAGGAUGUAAAGAGGAUUAAAUCAUGGUCUUGGGUUUUUUUAU